UGUGAGUCAACUAGUUCCCGUUUGAGACCGCCUCCUCCUUCUCUCGCCAGCCGCCGCGCCGCUCGCCUCAGGUUUCACCGUCUUCUUUUUUUUCUUUUUUCUUUUUUUGUUGUUGUCUUUUUUAGUUGUCGCCCAAUAACUCGCGUUCACGUAUCGCGGUGAACUGGACUCGCAUCGAAAGGGGCCGCCCGGCACGCUCGCCCGCAGGUGCUCCCUUCUGAUGGACUGAGCUCAAGCUUGGGAUGGUCAAGGCGGGCAGCGGGCAGAGCGAGAUGGCCACGCAUGGCGCGCUGCUGCUGCUGGCGGUCACUGCGGCAACAUUGUUCACCACCACGCUGACACUGAUUCCCACCCUCAAAGAGAAAACGUGUCCAGAGGGAGACUAUCCCGUAAAUGGCAUAUGCUGCAACAAGUGCCCACCGGGUUUCAAGUUGGUGGAAAAGUGCAUCGCCGAGGGCAUGAGGACGAACUGCACACCGUGUGCUGCUGACGAAUUUAUGGACCAGAUGAACUACUAUCCCAAGUGUAUGCGAUGCAGAGCGUGCAGAAAGCAAAACAAUGAAGUGGAAGUAUCCAAAUGCGAACGCCACCGAAACACUCUCUGCCGCUGUAAGGACGGCUACUACAUCUUCACUAUCGACUCAGAGACGAGUGAAUGUCGUAGAUGUACGCCGUGCAACUCUGCUGAGAGAGAAGUCCAAAAAUGUACGGCGGAGAGGAACACUGUGUGCGAGUGUAAGGAGGGUUACUACAGAGUGAACAGGAAGUGUGAGCGAUGCAAGAGUUGCGUAGCAGGUUGCAAACAUCUCUGCAAGUCCGUUCCUACCCACAAUCCAACUGAUUCCGAGAGCGGAAGCGGAUACCUCGUUCACGUCCUGACUGCAGUGGUGGUUGUGGCCGUGACGUUGUUGAUGCUGGUCAUCUUCUACAUGGCCACAAAGCGCUUGACCAAAAAGACGCUCUUGAAACCAUCAUCCGGAACACCGGAGUCACACGGGGCCCUGUUUCCGACUGGGGAAGUGUCAAGAAUAUCUUUCAUUGAGCCUCCUGAGAGCGCAACGCUUUUGAACGACCAUUCCAACCUGCCUGACUGUGUCCCACUGGAGAUCAAGACCCACGACCUCAUCUACAUGCUGCUCGACCUGGUUCCCGUGCAGCAGGUCAAGCAGCUGGUGCGUUCCCUCGGCGUGACCGAGACCGUCAUCGAUCGGGCCGAGCUGGACCACCGUCCCAGCAAGGAGGCCCACUACCAGAUGCUCAAAACGUGGGCAGAGAGGGGCUGGCAGGCCGGCGGUGGUGGCGGAGGAGGAGGAGGGGGUCGAGGAAGAAUGCUGCACUCAGCUUUGCUGCAGGAGCUUUUACUCAAACUUAGACUGAUGCACCUCAGGGGGGUGGCCGAGGAGCUGGAGAGAAAGUACAGCGUUCACUAAGUGUCUGAUGUUUGCCAAGAGGGACGAGAAAAAAAACAAAAAAAACUGAAUGGCGCACCUGAAUCCUAGUAUUGUUCUCUAUCUGGAACUCAAGGACAGCCUCGGAGCAUUCCGAAGUGGACGCAGUCCUUGCGCGUGGACCAAGACGGCUUUUGUGGCCAACGACCAAUGACAUCUGUACCUCUCAUCCUGGCUUUAAACUACUGAGAGAGGAAAUGGUUGGAGACGCUUGCGGGAUUAACAUUGACUACUCUGCCGCAGCGAACAUGAAGCUGGCGCCUGCUGAAUGGGGAAACAGCGUGCGAGGUUCUGUGCAUAUAAGUAAUAGGGACCAAGCCAUGAAUGGUGAAAAUAUGUGAGUAUUUGACAUAGUCUGGGUUGUAAAUACAUAGUUCAUGAAUGCUGCAGGUCCGUUUUUCCCAACCUUUAUUGAGCCAAGGAACAUACAUAUUUUUCAUUAGAAAAAUCUCACGGCACACCGCCAAACACAAAUGUCACAAAAAGCGUACAUAUACAGUACUGAAAUAAUGAUGAUUUUGUCUCAAGUUUACUGACAAAUGUACUUAUUUUGAAAUUUGGGCCUUUCAGUAUACUGUACAUCAGUGGCAUAGAGAAAUGAACGAAAAUACAUUAUUGGUAGUAAAAAAAAUUUUUCCAACCAAUUAAGUGAAAUUGGAUAAUUGUGGUUGGGAAUGAUCACUUUAUAAAACACCACCAUCCUUUGAAUUUUUUUGGUAGGACGAUAAUGCCUCAAAGCAAGCAAAAUUACCUGAAAUGUUCUUUUAUUUGUCCUGUUCUUCUAGAAAUGUUCUUGGACCCCUUACAAAACUCAUUUGAAAUCCAAGUUUGGAGCUUUUUAUUGUUUACAAGUAGUGGGGCAGGCCAACCCAUGUAAUUUUGAUGCAGAUGUUUUCUCACUUCAUGAAGAAUGUUUUGGUUUUUUUAACUCACAUUUUCCAAGUUAACGCAUAACAAAGUGAUCAUAUAUGAUGUUAGCAUAUUUCCAAACAAUUCUUUUUUUUUUUUUUUUUCUUUUUUUUUUAGAGGAAGUUCAUGUUUUCUUUUAACUAAUCAAACAAAAUGCAGUUGCGAUAGAUAAUUGUGUUCUUGGUCAACCACUGUUCAGUGUCAGGAACGAAGCUUCUACUUCGAAAGUGAGAACACUAUACUAUAUAUAUAUAUAUAUAUAUAUAAUGUUUUUUUUUUUUUUUUUUUUUUUUUUAACCAAGUAGCUGAAGUCCAGAGUCAAGUCCAAAACUAGGUGGCUGCUUGAGGCCAGAGGUCCUAGGGGGCCCCCAAAAUGCGCAUUAAACAGAUGAACAAGGUGGGAGAGGGCCCCCAAUUCCCAUAAAGGCGCGCUGGAGUCAAAAGUAGCGUCGGUGCUAUUCCAGAACUACUAUUUGUUCCAGUCGUCUUGCAUUGCUAAGCUAGCUGUUUCUUGUUUUGAACGGGAAGCCGCAUCUCACAGGACGUAUUUAUUGUUUGUAUUGAAUUACAGUGGAUUCUUCAGUAUGUUGCAUUACUUGGAUGGUUUGUGGGAAAGCUGCGGGUAGGUUAAUUUCUUAUCAUUCCAUGUGGGACUGAUUCCAUUGUACAGCAUGCACGUACCCUACUAGUGUUCUUCAGGUUGGGUAUUUUUAAACUGCCUCCCUACUGCCAUCAUUUUUUUCUAUUUUAGCAGAGGGGAAUGAUGCACUGCUCACAAAACGCUAGCGAUAUUUGGCUUUUAGGUGCAAUUUUGGGAUAAACUGAGCUUAAUUUGACCUUCUCUAAACCUUUUAAUACACAUGUUGAUUGUUUCAGUACUGUUUGCUCAAUUUGCUAUCCUCUAACCAGGAGCUGAAUGGCAAAAGUCACCAUUCAGUUGUUUUAAUUUCCAGUUAUAUCCUUUUCUAUGCCUUUCGGUGACUCUUCCAGUCUUGAAAAUUGAACAGUUUGACCUGUACAUUCAAAAGUCUAGUGAUGGUCAAAUGAAGUUCACCUGUAGAGGUUGCAGUGAAUAUUUGGUCCAUCCUGAAAUUUCAUCCAAAAGACGAAUAUCCCAAUUUCUUUCUUAUUUUUUUGUGAGUAGUGUAACCGUGGCGAGGUUCAUCGGUAGCACUUAAAACUCACCCACUUCCCCCUUCCCCUCAUGACCCCUGAACUACUUCCCAGCUCUCCUCCAGCAUUCCUUCAGGCCACUCAGUUCUCCAAAACAGCAAGCAUUAUUCAUUAACAUUAGGGAAGGGCCACGCCUUGUUUCAACUCAUCUCACCAGUCAGUUCAGCCUCCGCUUUGCGCUUGGUAAGCUGUGCCAAGUUCAUUACUCAUACACUUUGUGCAUUAUAUUUAUGGACGUUGUGAAACGGCGCCGGUGUGUGAAGAGCGGUGUGCAACAGCUGUGCUGUUUGGUUGUUUGAAUAAAAGGUCAAUUGAA